CGGACCGUUGUGCUGGGUGGACGUGUGCACUACGGUUUACAAAACCAAGUUUCAGUUAUACGGUGUACUUGACUGUGCGUGUUUUUGAACUAUCAUGUGGUUUUGUUGAUUUGGAAUAAUUUAGAUAUACUUACAACAUAAUGGAACAAAUGAGCAAGUACCUCAUAAUCAUCACGUCGUUAAUGACUGUCAAGUUGACCGUCACCGAGAGCAAAAACGAGACGAAGCCCAAAAUUGAUAGACGUCACUACCAAAUGCCAAUCUUCAUCAAUGUCUGCGACAUUGUCGAUAGACGUUCGAAAGUACAUUGCUACUGCGACAGUAAUAAGCCUAAAAUGGCGACUCGAGCGGAUUGCUGGAUAUUCGGCGGUGGAUUAACUGAGGACGAUUCCAUAUGGCCGAGUUUUUCAUCACAAUCCGAAAUAGAACAUCUCAUGUUCAACGUUCGUACCGACGACGCGUUAACAUUUAUUCCAGCCAAAGCCAUCGUUCGGCUCGACAGACUUAAGCAUUUAUCAAUCCAAUUCGGGACAAUCAAAACUAUACAUCCAUAUGCUUUUACUAAUUCUUCUACUUUACGCCAAAUUGUAUUGAAAUCGAAUAAAAUAACAAAUUUAGAAAAACAUUCCCUCUCGCAAAUGAUGAUGUUAUCAAACCUUAGCUUGGAUGAUAACCAAAUAUCCGAACUAAAAACGGACGUAUUCUUUAAUUUACCCAACCUUCAUGUAUUACAUUUGUCGAAUAAUAAUUUAAGCUUACUGCACGAAGGUUGUUUUAAGCACCUAAAUAAUCUCAUCGAACUAAAGUUAGAUAAUAAUUAUAUUUCAGUAGUAAUUAGGGAAAUGUUAGAGGGCUUGGAGAAUCUUUCUAGAUUGAACUUAAGAAAUAAUAAGAUAAACAUGAUUGGAAACUUGGCAUUUAGUGAGUUGUGGGGUUUGAAAGAAUUGAUGUUAGAUAAUAACGCUAUAGAAUAUAUAUCAGAGAGAGCAUUUGGGGGACUAACGCAAUUGAGAAAGUUGACGUUGUCGGGGAAUAAACUGACAAGUUUUUACGAGGACAUACUUGAAGACAUAAGAAGUCUCAUCGUGUUGGAUCUAAGAGACAAUCUUUUGACGACAAUAUCGUACGAAACAAUACGACCUGUUGUAGAAAAUGACAAAUCCCUUUCAUCUGUGGUUUAUUUAGACGGCAACCCACUCAACUGUAACUGUCGUCUAUCCUGGAUAUAUGUUUUGCGUAAUGAAACUCAAGACAAUACAAUGAAACAUGCCCUCGAAAAAAUAUCCUGUGUUCCCGAUCCGGCAAACGAUAGACGACUUACUGAAGCGAAAGAUGAAGAAGUAGAUAAUGGUAAUGUCCUAGCUGACGACAUCUACGAGUAUUACGAUAAAAGUGACGAUUAUAACAACGAUAAGGAAAAACCGAAAGCAAAUAAAGCCAUUAAACUGACAGAUAUCCCCUUGGAGACGCUACCUUGUCCAAAGGAAUUAAUGCAGUCGAUCGAGGAAACUUAUGGCCAUCCCGUACAGAAUGAGAUUAGAUUAAAAGCAUUUUCGAAUGUCGGAAGAGAUCUGCCUAACUUCGUUUUCAUUGCAACGUUGCUGAUAUUAUUUUAAAUUGUAAUAUUUGAAAGACAAAAACAAUGUUUGUGAUAUUAGAUUAACAUUUCGCGUAUCUAUAUUGUCAAUAAUUAUGUUAUUUAAUAUUGUAAAAAUUGUAGAAAUUUAAGUGUUAAAAUAGGCUAAGAUUUUUUGUUCUUCAUAGGCUAUGUAAGGGAAUUAACAAUUUUAAAAUUUAUUGUACAUAAAAUUCAUAUCUCGAUAUAAAAAAAAAAACUAUAUGCGAUUGUAACUUACAAUAAGGUAAAUUGUUAGUAGUAUGAUUAUUUAAUGACGUGUGUUGUGAUGUUUAUUGUGAAGUGAGUGUAUUAUAAAUAACAACAAAAAUAGUAGCGAGUGUGUCUACAUUGUAGGUGAUACACAACAAUGACAUUAGUCAGUACUGUGCACGUGUGUGAACCUUACAAUAAUGGCAACCGUGCGUAAACGUGGCCAAUCAACGGAAAUGAAUCAUACUAUUAACAAGACGUCUUUAUUAUCUGUUGUUCUCAACAUAUUGUUAAAUAUUAACGUGUCUAUAAAUACGCACUUGUUUAAAGUAAUUUUCUUAACAUUCCGAAUCUUAGAUGUAUCACUCGUUGCAGUUUGAUAUUAAAAAUACAAUAUACUCGUUGAUAUGUUACUAAAUCAUAUGCCAAAAAUACAUACAAUAUAAUAUAAAUGUAAUUAAAUGUUUAAAAUUAAAUUUUAUGCGCUUGCUUAAAUGUGUAAAAAAUAUUUAUUAAUUUCAUGUUAGUUUUUUAGAAGAUAAUUUUAGUGAAUGGCCAUCUUUAAUUACUUCAUCGGUUAUGCGAAAAAACCCGUGAAUUUUUCAUCCCACGUUUCCUCGUGUUAAGUAUUUUAAAUGUUUCCAGCAUAAAAGUAUGCCUUUAAAAUAUAUUCACAAACUGAAAGAUUAACUUUUAAAUUAUUUAUGCCGUUAACAUUCUGAAGAAAGAAGGCAGUACUUCUUGUGGAUCAAAUUUUUACACACCAUAUAACUUGAGCAGAAACGAGCUUAAUAAUAAAUGAAAUGUGAAAACUUUUGUCACGAUCCCGUGCUUAAGUGAAAAUAUGUUCGUUCGCUGCAAAUAUUUUAAAGGCUAACGAAAUUGUAUGCCCAUAUAAAAAUCAUAUAACCUCGUCCCUCCGUGGAAUUUACGGGUCACAUUUUUAGCUCGUAUUUAAUAUAUGCUCGACACUCAUUCCAUUAUCACGCAUUUUCUUUACCAAUAUAUGUUUUUUAAUGAGAAUCGUGAAAUUAAAUAUAAAAUAUAUUUCGCAAUUGUAAAGAUAUAUUAGAAUAAAUGGUUGCGUGUAAUUAUAUUAAUUAUAAUUUUAAUUUCUUUUGUUUUUUUGGAUUUAGUGGAAUGUUUUGAAAAAAAUUAAGCUAAGUUCUCUUAAUUUGAAGAUUGCCAACAAUAGAACACUUAAAUGUUAACAAAAAUGUGGUUUAAAUUUGACCACUAAUUAGUAAAACCUUUUUUAAGUCUAAUAGUAGUUGUAACCAGAGUCCAUGAACAAUGAACUAUUGGCAUGGACUUAGUUCCAUGUAUUUUAUUUAUUAUGAUAAAAGUACAGCAUAUAAAUCUCAUUACUGAGAAAUCGCCGAUCCUUUAGGAAAAAGUUUUGAGGUUAUUCCACCACAACGCCCCAAGUCGUUGUACACAUAUAGCAGAAUUUCAUGUAACACUUACUGGUUCAAUUCACGUCCUGUCUUCCUUGACCUUCGAGCAAGAGAUAAAUUACAAUCAAAUAAAAACUCAACGCAACUAGCUCAGAUUUAAAGGUGUUCUAGUCGUUGGGCAAUCUUCGCUUUUAUUUAUAUCGAUCUACGAACAAAAAAGUAUCGCUCACCAUGAGACCCUAACGUGCUAAUAAUUAAAAAAUUUAUAAUAAAUAGCGAUUUUUGCUUCUAUAUUUAAAAAAAUAUUUUAUUGUGUUAUUUCGUAUGAAGUGUGGAAUAUAGAUAAAUAGAUGUAUAUUAUUUAUGAACGCAACGAAUUGUACAAAAUAUAUUUAUUCUUAACCAUAGAUCUCAUGUAAUUACAGAUGUUGUGGAUAGCUCGGAAUCUGUUGUAAUAAAUAUUUCUACACGUAUAA